CGCCGCGCGGCUCCAGGAGACCUCGCUCUCCUCCGACUCCCGUGAGGGCCGACUUCGGGCCGGCCCUCGCUCUACCCCGUGCCUCAGUUUCCCUGUGCGUAGAGGGAGAGACCUCGCCUCGCUUCAGGGGACCCCUUACCUGGCGGUGCCGGGGCCCAAGCGUUAAAUUGUGAGGGCAGAGCCUGGCCCUCGGCCCCAUCGCCUGCCGCCCGGGAUCCAAGGGCCCAGGCCCCAGACUCCCGCCUCGCGAUCCGACCCGGCCCCGGCGUGGAGUGUCUGGCUACGCGAGCCCCCCUCUCCCCUCGCCGGCCCGAGGGUCGGUGUUUCCGGCGGCAACUAGGUCCGGUCAUCAGCCUUCUUCCGGGGCCGGAACUAUCGUAGCCGAGCAGACGUUUCCUAGCCGGCGCAGUGAGGAGGAAGCAGAGGCGAGACCGCGCUGAACACCAGGAAAAGGAAGGGUGCAAGCUCUGCGCGCGGCAUUUUGGGAACGCGUGGUGUUCUGGGAGCUCCUGGCCCGCCAUUCGCUCGUUUCACGCCUUCGCAGUUGCUUGAGUCGCUGCCGCACGAGAAAAAAGGAGGCCGGAUCCGAACUUUCUUCCUGCCAAGAUGUCUAUUGGUGUGCCAAUUAAAGUCCUCCAUGAGGCCGAGGGCCACAUUGUGACUUGUGAGACAAAUACCGGAGAAGUAUAUCGUGGGAAGCUUAUUGAAGCAGAGGACAACAUGAACUGCCAGAUGUCUAACAUCACAGUCACAUACAGAGAUGGCCGUGUGGCACAGCUGGAGCAGGUGUACAUCCGUGGCAGCAAGAUCCGCUUUCUGAUUUUACCUGACAUGCUGAAAAAUGCACCCAUGUUAAAGAGCAUGAAAAAUAAAAACCAAGGCUCGGGGGCUGGUCGGGGAAAAGCAGCUAUUCUGAAGGCUCAAGUGGCUGCAAGAGGAAGAGGACGUGGAAUGGGACGUGGAAACAUCUUCCAGAAGCGAAGAUAAAUUUAUCUGUUGAACAGAACUUUGCCCUUAUUUUUCCUUUUAGGUUAUCUGGCUUCAAGGGGUAUGUGCUUAUAUAUAUGUGCUAGGUUUUCCUUAAACAGGAAAUGUUCAACUAAAUAAAUAUGAUUGUGCUUUUUUUUUUUUUUUUUUUUUUUUUUUUUUG